AUGGAUUCUUACACUGAAAGAGGCCUCGAAGAAAAAAUCGCAUCAAUUCGAGCAACUCUUAAGCGUCUUGGUAGCUCAUUGGAAGAAGAUGUAAUAGCUACUCACUCCCCCCCCUCCGUGAGUGAACAAAAAAUUUUAUUCACUCACGGAGGGGGGUUUAAUUUUUUUUCUAAAAAAAUUUAUAUAUUAAUUUUAUAAAAAAUAUUUUUUUUUCGAAAUUUAAAAAAAUCCUAAUUCACAAAAAUUGGAAAGCAAAUAUUAAUUUAAUUUAUAAAAUUUAAGUUUUAAAAAACAAUUCGUUAAAAAAUUAAACAGAAUUAGCUCUAGAUUUCAUUAUACUAAUUAUCAUUUAUAUAUCAAAACUUUUUUCCAUAAAAAAUUUUUGUAUUAAAAAAAUUUUUGUUCACUCACGGAGGGUGAGUUUUUGGGGCAAAAAAUAUCGAUUUUUCUAAUGGUUUUGUUCACUCACGGAGGGGGGAGUCAGGAAUUUGAAGAAGGUGGAACAGGAGCUGUUGCAAGCUCGCACUCAAAAUAUAGUCAAGAUUCAGACUCGUCAGAUUCCAAUUCUUUUAAUAUUCCUGCUACAUUCGAUGCCUUGAAAAAUCGCCAGCAGGAAUCAUACACCCCAGAAGAUCCUUGGGAAUCUAAGUCCACACUUGACUACGAAAAAGAAAAAAAUGCGCUUCUUGAAAAACAAAUAAAAGAAAAAGACCAAACUAUCAAAGAUUUAAUGGCUUUGCAGAGCGGCCUAAAGGAUUCGAUUGAAAAAAACCUUGAAGAUCUUAAAAAAGCCCAAGAUGAAGCUUAUGGCUAUAAGCAACAGUUAGACAAUUUGAAUAACGAAAAUAAUGGGCUCAGGAGAAUAUUAGCCGAAAAAGAUAGAGAAAUUGCAAAAUAUCGCAACGAUUUUGAAAAUUUUAAAAAAGAAAAAGAAGCAAGUAUGAAGGAGUUUGAACGGACCAGAAGACAAGCAGAAAAAGUUGAGGAAUUAUUUGAAGAAGUCAAUCGAUUGAAAGACUUGAAUCAUGCUUUGAAAUCAAGAAGUGGAGAAAUAGCGCAAGAUCCUAGUAAUAGCAGAAUUAUAAGUUCUUAUCAAGAGCAAUUGAAUAUCAGAGACUGCCAAAUUAAUGAAUUAGAGAAAGAAAGAUUGGUGUUAUUAAAAGAAAUUGAUAGAAUUAAAUCAGAAAAGCGCCGAACCCCUCCAAUCAAAUUAUCUAGGGACGAAAAUUAUUUAGAAGACACCCAAUCAAAAGAAAAGGUUUCUGCCCAACCUUUGACGGAACGAGCCCAAGCUGCAAGCUCUUAUAAAGAAUUGUGCAAAGACAUGAUGAAAAUAUUAAGCGUUUCACAUAGGAAAGACCUAUUUUCAAAAGUUUUACAUCUUCAGCAAUUUCAUGAAAAAUUUAAAAAAGAGAAAAAGCUUAUCAAUAAUAUAGCAAAUCUCAUAAUAGAUUGCUCUCCUCCAAAUUCCUUUGAAAAGAGUCCAAACGUUCAUCAAAUUUGGAAAUGAUUUACUAAGAUUUUAGAAGAAUAUAUGAAACUAAAGCAAUCUCCUUAUCAAGAUAUCAUAAAUGAGCUAUGCAACAUUGUUAAAACAGAUCCAAUUAACUUAAUUGACGAUGUAAAAAACGUAAUUUCUGAUAACUACAAACUGAAAAGCCAGAGGCAGCGUCAAGAUUUUCCUACAAGAGAAAGGAAAUUAAGUUAA